AUGGCAUCAUCACUCGUCGACCACUUGACCGCGUCUGGAGGCGGCGAGCAAGCCGGUUGGUUGAAUGAUCUUGUCGAGCAGCUAUGGCCCAACAUCUGCGUCGCCGGCGCGAAGAUGAUCAAGGAAAUCGUGGAACCAAUUCUCGACUCAACACUUCCGGGACCCUUGAAGAACCUAAAGUUUGUCAAGCUAGAUCUCGGUCAUGUCCCGCUUACUUUCACAAAUGUGGAUGUGCACAAGACUACUGCCCAGGGCAUCAAAUUAGACAUGGACGUGAACUGGGAGGGUGUCUGUGACAUCGAGCUUGACGGUAGCAGCGUGCCUAAGAUUGGUAUCGAAAAGGUACACCUCAAAGGCAGACUUUCCAUUCUGCUCUGUCCCUUGACAAACAUCAUUCCCUUGAUCGGCGCCGCGCAGGUAUCAUUCAUCAAUCCACCAUAUCUUGAGCUUGACUUCACCGAUGCCGCCAACAUUGCCGACAGUUUCUUGAUCAAGAAGACCGUCCGCAAGACCAUUCUCGGCAUAAUCUCCGGCAUGGCUGUACUUCCCAACCGUUUCCUUGUCAAACUCGAUUCCAACAACGACUACUUCAAGACCUACCAACCUCACCUCGGUACUCUUCGCCUGACAAUUGAGAAAGCGACUGGCAUUGCAGCGCCAAAGAAAAAGAGCGGCGUCUCGCGCCUCAUCUCUAAGGUCAUUAAAGAUGUCCCAGAUUGCUACGUUAAGGUCAACGUGGGCGCGUCCGAGGAAUGGCGUACUUCAGUGCAAAAGAACAACCACGAGCCUGUCUGGAACGAGACGCACGACUUCCUUGUCUCAGACUUUGAACAGGCCAUCUCACUCGACAUCCAAGAUGAUGAUCUCGCCGGCGACGAUGACAUUGGUCUUGGUCACACCUCUGUCAAAGAAGUUUUGUUGAACGGCGGCUCCAAGGAAAUCACACUAACACACCAGGGCGAUCCCACCGACGCACGCUUGAUCGUGCACGCCCGAUUCUCCCACUUCGUCGCUGAAGCAUCAGCUCUAUCCGCACAGAACUCCCCAGAGAAAGACCAAAUCGUCGGUCUCGUCACCAUUCUCGUCGCCAGCGCCCUGAACCUUCAAGGCGAGCGCGACGCCCUCAACCCUAGCGUUGUGAUUACUUGGGGCGCAAGUAAAUUCCAGACUAUGACCAAGACAUAUACACCUGGUAUGGAUAUCUUCAACCCAGCUUUCGACCAGGCGUUCCAAGUCCCGGUGACAGCAGACAUACUGGCCAGCCAAGCAAGUUUCAGGAUCGCGUUGAUGGACAAGAAGAAUGAGGCGGGGAGCGUAGAAGUGCCGUUCGGUGAUGUUGUGGGUGCACCAGGCAUGGUAAAGGAGGACAGCUUCGAUGUUGGCGGUGGAGCAAGGGUGAGGGCGCAGAUUAGUGUGCAUGGAGUUGAGCUGGCUGAGUGA